UCGCCACUUUCUCCAGCCAAGAAGCUAUCUUUGCCUCCCCAGCUUUACUCCACAAGCAUGUCCUCAGACUUGCAGCCGUGUGAUGAAGCGAACCAACUGACUUCCAGAGAGCAUCGGAUGAAGGAAACCCGCUGCACGAGUAGCAGAAAAGCCUGAGAGCAGGGGCACCCCAAGUUGACCCCAUCCGGAGACUUCUUCCUGGGCUGAACACAAUGGAGAUUGUUUGACAGUGGAAGUGGAGGUUUACUGUACAGUAGCUUAGCUGGAGUUCCUCGCCCCUUCAUGACAUGCAGUGAGCCGAUGCCACCAGCAGGUGCAAAGGCGAUUCAACGCCUGAACUCCAACUGAAUAGAAGAACAUCCCCAAGACCAGAUGCAAUGGAGAUGUUCAAUUUCACCAACUUCACCUACUGGAAUGCCUCAGAAGGCACUGACGCAGGGCCUGUCACUGAACCCGAAAGCCCAUACAAGACUGUGGAGGUGGUGUUCAUCGUAUUGGUGGCUGGGUCCCUCAGCCUGGUCACCGUUAUUGGAAAUAUCCUGGUCAUGCUUUCCAUUAAGGUCAAUAGGAACCUACAGACUGUCAACAACUACUUUUUAUUCAGCCUUGCAUGUGCUGACCUAAUCAUCGGGCUGUGUUCCAUGAACUUAUAUACAGUAUACAUAGUGAUUGGCUACUGGCCCUUAGGGCCUGUGGUGUGUGAUCUGUGGCUAGCCUUGGACUAUGUAGUGAGUAACGCAUCUGUCAUGAACCUACUCAUUAUCAGUUUUGACAGAUACUUCUGUGUCACAAAGCCCCUCAGCUACCCUGUCAAAAGGACCACCAAGAUGGCAGGGAUGAUGAUUGCUGCUGCCUGGGUCCUGUCCUUCAUUCUGUGGGCCCCGGCCAUCCUUUUCUGGCAGUUCAUCGUGGGCGGGCGGACAGUGCCUGAGAGGGAGUGUUACUUCAUUCAGUUCUUCUCUAAUGCAGCAGUCACCUUUGGCACGGCCAUCGCAGCCUUCUACCUGCCCGUUAUCAUCAUGGUCAUUCUCUACAUACAGAUCUCUAUAGCCAGUAAAAGCCGGGUAAAGAAGGAGACCAGGAAGCCGUCAGGGCCCAACCCAGAGGCCCUGUCCCACGAGCAGGCAAGGGCCAGUAAUACUGCCAAGCCCAUCAACAACAACCUGACAGCAGAGGACACAGAGCAGGGCACGACCCAAGCCACAGAUGACGUGGCGAACCAGCACGAAGGUAAACUGCAGAACGGCAAGGGCCCGUCCACCACGGGUGGAGAGGGGGAGAUGGAGGGUGAAGACGGGGGAAGGGAGAACUGUGCCCACGGAGAGGAGAAAGAGAGCUCCAACGACUCGACAUCUGGCAGUGCAGCGGCGUCCAACCACAAAGAAGAAGAAGCGGUGCCAUCCAGAGCAAACUGCAACACCGAGCUCGUUCAGCAGCCAACCCGCCACCGGGCCAAGGCAGGCGGCUCCAAACUCACCUGCAUCAAGAUUAAGACCAGUUCUCUCAAGGGGGACUGCUACACGCCCUCCAACGCCACGGUGGAGAUCGUCUCUGCCACGGAGAAGCAGAACCAUGUGGCACGGAAAAUCGUGAAGAUGACCAAGCAGCCGCCCAAGAAGAAGAAAGCACCACCGUCUCGGGAGAAGAAGGUGACCCGUACCAUCAUGGCCAUCCUGGUGGCCUUUGUGGCCACCUGGACACCUUACAAUGUCAUGGUGCUCAUCAACACCUUCUGCUCCAGCUGCAUCCCCAGCACAGUCUGGACUAUCGGCUACUGGCUGUGCUACAUCAACAGCACCAUCAACCCCGCCUGCUAUGCCCUCUGCAAUGUCACUUUCAAAAAGACAUUCAAACAUCUCCUCCUCUGCCAAUACAAAAACAUUAGGUCAGCUAGAUGAAUAUAGAUGCGAGUGUGCGAGUGUGCGUGUGUGUGCGUGUGUGUGCGUGUGUGUGCGUGCGUGAGUGUGUGUGAGAGAGA